GCGCGCGGCGACAGUCAAACAUCGGGAAGCCAACGUCCUGCUCCAGUCGUGAACUAUGGAGGAGAUUAACGGCAUUGAAGUCGUACCGUGCACAGAGUCCAACUAUCUGCAACCGUUCCGGGUGUCCUACAACCAGAAUGGCACAAAGAAAUCCUGGGACUUUAUGCGAACUCAUGACAGCGUAUCCGUGCUGAUCUUCAACACCACCUCGCACUGUUUUGUCCUCGUCAAGCAGUUCCGUCCAGCUGUGUACAUGUGCGAGUGGGAAAAGGCAAAAACAAAAACCUCUCAGGCUCCUGAAAAGACCGAAGAGGGCGAAGCUUCAGAGUCUCAGGAGGGCCAGUCGGCCUCAGAGGAGGAGAGCUCGUCCCAGUGGCCCCCAGCCUCAGCGGGGGUCACCUACGAGCUCUGUGCCGGCCUGGUGGACAAACCAGACCUCUCCCUGGAGGAGAUCGCCCGGCAGGAGGUGCUGGAGGAAUGUGGUUACGAUGUGCCCGCAUCUAAACUGAAGAGGAUCACUUCAUACAGAUCAGGCGUGGGCGUAACGGGCGCCAAGCAGACCAUGUUUUAUGCCGAGGUGUCCGACGACAACUGCGUCAGCGCAGGCGGAGGAGAGCCGCGCGAGGGGGAGUUAAUCGAGGUGGUCAAAGUCCCGCUGCACGAGGCCAUGACGUUUGCUUACGACGAACGUAUACCCAAAACCAUGGGCGUCAUUUUUAGUUUCAUCUGGUUCCAUAAUAACAUGUCUCCCAAGUACAAGAUUUCUACCAAUGUGUAACUAGCAUUAACUAAUGUCUCCUUCUGUCAUUUACUCCACGUUAAAUCAAACACCGGCCCAGCACACGCACUGCUCCCCUCCAUGGCUCGCCGUCCUCUGUUGCCUUUUCUGCUUACUGGUACAAAAUGAAGGGUGGGCUUCUCGUCC